CGUGUGGCUGGUCGUGGUCCAGCUGCAGGACCCCGCCCUCCUGCUGUCAGGACGGAAACACAACAUGUGAGCAGAGCGGAGGAAAAGUCCAGGAUCGUUCCUCGGACAUAAUUCUUUUUAUUCCAGGACUUUACUUUGGAUGAGCCAGCACGAAGAAAGAGGGCGAUCCACAUAGACUAACACAGAGGGGGAGGGAGAGCGCGAGAGCAGCCGGAGCAGAGAGCUUCAUUAGAGACGAGAGAGAGGAGGCAGCAGGACGGAGGAUGAAGACGCUGCCGAGGGUCUGAAACACAAACAGGUCAUCAUGGGAAACGCAGACAGCCACAGCAGCUUCGUCUCCCCUGCCAAGCCCUCCUGCUCCUUCAGGUUUUCCUCCAGGAGGGAGGAGGUGACAUCGGCUCGCAGCUGGUGGAGGAGCAGCCAGGGAGGCUGCAGGAGCCGAGGGAAAAGCUACCUGAACCACCCAAUGGCCAGCUCACCCUACACCUCAUGGCGUUACGAACCAGCCCCUAAAGCGGCCCGAGGAGGCGCCAAGCUGAGAGGGGGGUCUCCUCAGAGGCUCUGCAGGGGGGAGUUUGGGGGGGGUGAGCGGGCGUCUCUGGAAAGCAGCGGCAGCCCAAAGGUGCUGCUCAGCAAAGAUGGCAGCAUGAGGGUGGAGUUCACCAAAGCUCGGGUGGAGCCAGAGAGUCUGAGUGGGCUCCCCGCCAUCACUGCCGCAGCAACCACCACCACGAGCGCAGAGGUGUCACUGCGCACCAGCAACGGCAGCUCGCUCAGCUCCGAUGGCUCUUGGUACGACUCGCCAUGGGGGAACAGCGAGCUGACGGAUAACGUGUUUGUGUGCAGGCAGAACGCGGACAACAGCAGCGGCUACACCACUGCCACCAGCAGCAGCGGCUACAACACCUUCUUCUCCGCUCAGGGUGAGGACAUCUCACCUGGAUUUAGCUCCAGCCUCCUCUUCCCCACCACAGAGACUAAUGUAUUCACCGCCGCAACUGCAGGUUACAACACCUGCUCCUCUGGCCGGACGGAGGAUAGCGGCAUUGGAGACUCGGAGCUCCUGCAGCCGGACCUCACGGAUUUCAGCCUGAUUUCAGCUCCUGGGGUUUACAGCAGUCACAACACGCUACCCGCCUUCCCCACCGACGCUGGGACCCCCGCCGGGGAGGCAGCGCUGCUGGAUGAUGUCACACAGAAAGAGGAGGGAUCAGCCGGUGAUAUGGAGGAGCAUUACUCCUCCUGCACGCUGCCCUGCCGAAAUGUGGAGUCUGCGAGCGCCGCCUCUGCCAGGAAUAACCGAAAAGACUUCCUGAAGAGCCGAAUCAGACGUCUGAGCGACUGGACAGGAAGUCUGAGCAGGAAGAAGAGGAGGAUCCAGGAGCCGUUUGCCACCGACACAGCCGAUGUCUUCAUCAAUGGACUGAAUGCUGGGGCUGUUAGCUGCAGCACGCUGUGUUCCUCCGACCCUCUCCACUCCCUGAACCACAACCAGUUCCCAACGCUCCACUGCGGCUCCUCCAGGAGUCUGAACCAGAACAGUGAUGCUAAGCGGCAGAACAUCUAUGAGAACUUCAUGCAGGAGCUGGAGAUGGGUUGCAGCAGUACGGCUGACAGGACGGAGCCAUCAGAGGGGGACGGAGACGAGGGUGAGGAGGACGAGGAAGAGAUAGAUGGGGAUGUGGAGGUGGGAGAAGGGGAGCAGCUGGAUGUCCUGUUUGAGAAGGAGCAGGGUGUGGUGCGGCGGGCCGGAUGGCUCUCUUUCAAACCUCUCAUCACUGUUAACAAGGACAGAAAGCUGGAGCUGGUCGCCCGCCGCAAGUGGAGGCACUACUGGGUCACACUGAAAGGUUGCACUCUGCUGUUUUACGAGACAUAUGGGAGGAGCAGCGGCAGCGCCGACCAGGAGCUUUCUCCUCGCUACGCUCUCCUGGCUGAUGACAGCAUCGUCCAGGCCGUCCCUGAGCACCCAAGGAAGGAGCAUGUCUUCUGUCUGAGCAACUCGUAUGGAGACGUGUACCUGUUCCAGGCCACCAGCCAGACUGACCUGGAGAACUGGGUGACGGCAAUCCACUCGGCGAGUGCCUCUCUGCUGGUGAAGCGUCAGAAGAAGGAGGACACACUGCGCCUCCUGCGCUCUCAGAGCCGCUCGCUGCUCCACAAGAUUGACAUGGAUGGGAAGAUGAAGAAGAUGGCCGAGCUGCAGCUGUCCAUCAUCAAGGAGCCCAAGAGCAGGAAGGCAGUGGAGAGCCAGAUCCAGCAGUGGGAGCAGAAUCUGGAGAAACUGAACCUGGAUCUGUUCAGGCUCAGGUGCUACCUGUCCAGCCUGCAGGGCAGCGAGCUCCCAAACCCAAAGAGCCUCCUCGCUGUGGCCAGCAGGCCCUCCAAGAGCAUGCUGGGACGCCUGGGAGUCUUCUCCGUGUCCUCCUUCCAUGCUCUGGUGUGCAGCCGAGAAGAGGCCACACUGAGGCGGCGCUGCCGGUCUCUUUCGGGAGGAAACCGGAGGAGGGGUCUGCCGUCCUCCCUAAAGGUCCUGGAUGAUCUCAACAGGCGCGGCAGGGGUGGCAAACACUCAGCUCACCAGAAUCUGGACUGCGCUCCCAAACAGAUGGAGGCAGCGCCCCCUGCCGGUCAUAGUGCAGAUCUGCCGUUGCGUGAUGAACAGCAGCUUCCAGCUGUUGGUGUUUUUACUCUGAACAUCUGUCGACCUGACGGCCACAAAGACUUCGGUUUUGCAGUGACGGGUCACGUGGACGGAGCGGGAAAAAGUCAUGUUUUUGUCAGCGAGGUGGACCCGCUGGGACUUUCAUCCAGAGACGGCCUCAGGGCUGGAGACGAGGUCCUGGCUGUUAACGGCGCUCCUGUGUCUGGACUGGACCUGGACCUCCUGCAGAGUCUCUUCAGACAUCAGAAGCUGCAGCUGCUGCUGAGGAGGGAUGAGUCACCUGAGGCCGAAGAGCCUGCCGACCUCUGGCCCGACCACACUGACCCCUUCCACCCCGGCCGCCAACCACCGGCCACGAACAUCCACACCUGGAUCACAGAUUCCUCUGUCAUCACAGAUGCAGACAGCAUCCUGCCUCCCGUUUUCGAUGACACUUCUUCGAGGAUACCUCAGGACACCAAGCCCUCAGAGGAGAACUUAGACCAGGUCUACUCGCUUUACCAGACCUUUCCAGAAGGCCAGACAGGAGAUGGCGACAACCCCAAAAACCCGUACGGCAGAGAGGUCAGCCUGCAGCCGGUGAGCCCCACCCACCUAAGCGUGUGUCAGCGUCUGCGUAAGGUCAUCCAGGAGCUGGUCGACACCGAGAAGUCCUACGUCAAGGAUCUCGUCUGUCUGUUCGACAUCUACCUCACCCCCCUGCAGAAGGAGACGUUCCUCAGUAAAGACGAGAUGGAGGCGCUGUUCGGCAGUCUGCCAGAGAUGUUGGACUUUCAGAGAGUUUUUCUCCAAACGCUGGAGGAGAGAAUCGCCGCCUGUCCGAACUUCAGCAGCCUGGAAACCCCCGAGCAGUUCAAGAAACUCCUCUUCCCAUUGGGUGGAUCAUUUCUGUACUACGCCGAUCACUUCAAGCUCUACAGUGGCUUCUGUGCGAAUCACAUCAAAGUCCAGAAAGUUCUGGAAAGAGCCAAAACAGACGCAGCCUUCAAACAGUUCCUGGAGGCCAGAAAUCCGACCAAUCAGCACUCGUCUUCUCUGGAAUCAUACCUGAUCAAACCUGUUCAGAGAGUCCUGAAGUAUCCGCUGCUGCUCCGAGAGCUCGUGUCCCUGACAGAUGCAGAGAGCCCCGAGCACACACACCUGACAGAGGCGCUGCGAGCAAUGGAAAAGGUGGCGAGUCACAUCAACGAGAUGCAGAAGAUCUAUGAGGAUUACGGCUGCGUGUUUGACCAGCUGGCAGCAGAGCAGAGUGGAGCCGACAAACAGGUGACGGAGAUCUCGAUGGGGGAGUUUCUGGUCCACUCGUCGGUGGUCUGGUUGAACCCCCUGCCCUCUCUGGGUCGCUUGAGGAAGGAACCAGAGCUGACGCUGUUUGUGUUCAAACGAGCCGUCAUCCUGGUUUACCGUGAGAACAGCAAACUGAAGAAGAAGAUGACCUCGUCCCGAUCAGCUGACCUUGACCCCUUCAGAUUCCGCUGGUUAAUCCCAGUUUCAGCGGUCCAGGUCAGACCGGCUAACAUCACAGGUUCUGAGGACUCAUGUGUGUGGGAGCUGGUUCACAGUCGGUCUGAAGUGGAGGGACGACCAGAGACGGUGUUCCAGCUGUGCAGCAGCGGUUUGGAGACAAAGGCCAGCGUGCUGCGAGCCCUGCGCUUGCUCCUCAGAGACCGAGCUCCUGUGGGAUCCCUGAGGAGGAGCAGGCUGUCUACGGCUGAGAGAAGCGCCUCCUGGAGGAGGAGGCAGCAGCGCCACUCUGACACCCAGAAGACAAUUCCUCACCAGCUGCAGGAGAGCUGCAGGUCUGACGGCGUCCUGGGCGACACAUGCUCAGAGCCUCUGCUGCCGAGCCACGCCUCCAGCUCCAGUGCCGCUGCAGGGAUGAGAGGCAGACUCUGCUCCCUGACUAGCGAGCUGGAGGCCCAGCUGCAGAGGCUCAACUUCAGAGAGGAGGAGGUGGAACAAAGAGGGACAUCUAUAAGUGAGGAGGAGAAAAAUAAGCGGAGCUCUAGCCUACGGCGAAGUCCUGGAGAUCUGCAGGACCUCAGCAACCUGCUGGAGAGAGACUUCAGCGUUCAGAGCAUGACCUCCAUGAUAAGCGAGGACUGCUUCUAUGACCCCCUCCUGGGGUUACAGACGACCGCCGCCAUGCCCGCAGUGUAGGGACAAAGCUAACAUGCUAACACAAGGAGGAUGGUCACAAUGUGGGGAGUCUAAAUAAAUCCAGACGAUUGAGCUGGAAGUUUAUCACACCUGCUCCACAGACCUGAACAUGGAGGUCCACGCUGACCAAAAGGUGCCAUCUGACGAGGUUCGGGUCAUUUUCGAGAGUGUGAAGCAGCUUCAUUCCUCACACAUCGCCUCCUGCAGGUCAUCACAGGUCACUACACCAAAGGAAAUGCUGACAGACUAACUGACCCUUUGAGAGGAUCUUCAUCUCUCCAACACUUGAACUGUUCUCAGUGAGACAAUGAGAUAGCAGGACAUCUGUCCAGCCCUCUGAUUGGCUGCGAGAUUCAUGACACUGAAACCUUCAACAAAUAAAAAAGGUCUGGAGGUGGAUUGAUAACAAAUUUUUGUACAAGAGGAAGUCAUAUCAGCCAAUCUGGGAUUUUUUUUACUGAUCUCUCUGAUUCAGCAUUAAAAGCUCACCAGUGAUUUAAUGGUAACAAAAAUAAACAGCAGUCGAACGUCACCGGAAAGUGAGAGAAAAGAGUCUGACAAUAAAGUCCAAGAAAAAUGUAAAUUUAAAGAAAACGUGUAACACUUUGAAACAUCAGUUCAUGCAAGUUCUUAAAUUCCUAAAAUUCAUUUUUAAUUUAUGAAUUUUUUUUGUUUGUUUGUUUUUAGUCUCAAAAAGAAAUUUGAUUUGUUUAUAUUUAAAAAUAAGAUUUUAUUCUCAUAAAAUUACAGGUUGAUCUCUCAGAAAUGUGACCUCUUUCCACAAAAGUGCACCUUUAUUUUUUUAAAUAUCAAUAUCAUUACCUGUUAACCUUUAAAAUUACCGUUAUUUAUGCAAAAAAAAAAACAAAAAACAUUUGGCAAGCAGUUUUUAGUUUUUUCAUUUAAAAUUUUUUUUGAGUGUUUUUUUUUCUUUCUGAAUUUUUUUUAAUUUUACAUUUUCUUUAAAUAAAUUACUUCAGCUUUGAAAUAAUACGUUUAUGUUGCCCUCACAGUAAAACUUUAUUCUAUCAACAUCUUUAAAUAUAGCUUUCUCUAAAAAACAAUUUUAUCUUCAAACUACUGAAAUUCCUGCAUGAAAUUCAGCCUGAAAAGUGUCUUUUUCUUUACACGAGUUUAUAAUAAUCUGUCUUUUAAAAUGUAAAUUUAUACCAAAUUUUUCAACUUUAUUCUCAGUCUUUUUUCUCUAACAGAGGCUCUGAAACUGUAGACCCAUCUCAGGCAUCUCGCUAACACAGCUCACAAACCUCAAAGAACAAACAGAAUCAUUUGUCUCAGAGACAAACUGCAGACCUCACAAAACUUUCCAGAAACUGGAGUGUUCUUUCUAAAAAUUCCUCGAGGGAACAUGGUGCUCAGUUCUUUUCACUUAACCAAGCGUCUCUCUGAAGGGUCCAACCAGCUCAGUUUCAUCUUGUUCGCUAAUGAUGGACCAAACCGAAUGUUGGACUUGCUGCCUGAACUCGGCGACAGCUGUCAAACUCUUGUGUUGUAAAUAUUCUUGUGUGCAGCACUCAUUUUGAACUUUUCUGUCUAACAGAGAAACUUUCUUGACAAAAGCAGUUUCUGGAAAAAUCUGGAGCUGCUGGAUCAAAGCCUUCAGUCGAGUUUUUAUAUUUAUAUAUUUGUAAUGUUUUGUUGACCAAGCACUAGAGAGACACCAGUGUUUUUAUUUUAUAUUUGUGUUUUAUAUUUUCUAAAAUGUUAAAGUAUUUGGUAAUUUAUUUUC